AUGAAUGGACAUAGGGCUGAAGUUCGGACCGGGCGCACAUCCCCUCCGGCUGCUCCCUUUGGAUACUCCUUUCUCUCCCCGAUGGACACCCCCUUCGAACAGGCACCUGCUCUACCCCCAGGACCUUCUCUUCUUGACGAUAAUGAAUCAAAUAUGCUCGAUAACUUCUUUACAACCAUGAACGCAAACCAAUUUACAAAUGAUCUUUGGAUGCGACAAGAACAUAAAUCCGGGGCACCCAAUUUUGACUGGUCGGGUGAGCUGCCACCCAACUUCGAGGGAUCAACCACAUCCCUAUCGCAGCCUUCAUUUCAGCAGCAUGGGCUAGGCAAGGCCGCUGGGGGAAUGAUGACAGACAACCCUACGAGCUCGGAUAUAUUCGCCGCAGCCUCCAUGCUCUACCAUAGUGGUGUAAAUGGAUCAGAGUUGGGAACCACGUUAGCACAACAGGCUUUCACUGGACAGUCUCUCCCGAUCCAUGGGACACAACAAAAAAACAAUUCACAUACUGGCAGUACUGCGCAGGGUUCAAAUCCACCUCCGCCCCGGGCUGAUGUCCCAAUUGGAUAUCAUACCUCGGAGAUGUUCUUUGACGUCCGUGACCCCAUUCCUGCGGACCAACAUCCAUCAAGAAAGGCCCGCAGUUUGCGAUGGGGCUCAGAUGCCAGUUUUAUGGAUCAAGGCUAUCUUCGUCCCCCUGAUCAGCCCGACGAAGAACAGCGGACAAAUGACCUGCUCGAUCACCUCGGGUGUUUCGAACCACAAAGCAGUGCCGCAAACACACGAGCACCUAGUCCAGAGCGCAUGGUUGGGGCUCCCCCUCAAGGUCCUCCCUUCCGAAAUAGUGCUGUCCUGGACGAGAGCUUACAUCCCCGAAAACGGCAAAGAGCCCUGAAAGAGGAGGCCGAUGAAUACUCAGAUGACAAUGAUACACGACCGCACUCUAGGAAAUCUAGAGGAUCUAUCAGCAAAGGCCGACGGAUAUCAACGGACAUAUCUCGAAAAGCCCGACUACAGCCAGGGUCCAAAGCUGCACGAGAGAAUCUUACAGAAGAGCAAAAACGGACCAACCACAUUCUUUCGGAGCAGAAACGCCGAAAUCUAAUCCGUCAAGGCUUCGAAGACUUGUGCACACUGGUCCCUGCUCUUAGAGGCGGCGGGUUCAGCAAAAGCGCAAUGCUCACUGGAGCUGCCGACUGGCUUGAAGACCUUCUCCGGGGGAAUGAUAUUCUCCAAAGUCAACUGCAUGACUUGAAGGGCAUUAAUGGCUUGGUGAUGCCGCGUUGA